CCUCGUGAAAUAUUCUACAUGCACUUUUCGCUAUUUUACUCAAAAAAGUGAUGGACUAAAAUAUGUGGUUGACCGUCACCCCUCGUCGUGGUUUCAUUGCGUCUCAAUUUCAAUUUUAGACCUUGUCGUUAUUCCUGUAUGGCCCUCUCUUUGUGCGGCACAGCAAAGUAAUCCAAAGAGCUUGCUUCGCAGCAAUCAGCAUCAACAAGCAACUUUUUCCUUCACUAAACCAAACCAAUCAAGCAAACAAGCUGGAAUUGUGGUGUGGGGCUUUUUGAUUGCCGACCAAACAUAUUUUGAACAUUAGAUGCGCACCUUCAUGGUUACCGGUGGUAUUCCGAGAAAUGAUAGCACCUCUUAAACGCUCAAAUUGUCUAACGCUUGGUUAAGCAUCAAAGACUCUGAUCUCGUAAAAUGCCAAGCACCAAAAUAUAACCAUGAAUCAGAUCAGGACCGCCUGUUUCAUUUCGUACGGCAUUCGGUAAAGAAGUAAUAAAACUGAGAAGAAUCGUGUCUUUGGGAGCGUUGAUGAGCUCGUAAUGCAAAGAAAAUUGUAGCAAAAUCUCACACACGAGUUGGCCGUCAUCACCGAGGCGUGCAAUACUGCUUGCUAUAACACAUGAAAAAAACGAAAAAUGCCAUCGUCCAACAACCAUCCUCCCUCAUAGCUUCUCCAUACACCUUCCUGCUUCUGGUGGUGGCCCUUCAAAUCAGUCCGGAAAGCUCUCCUCCUCUGUUUUGCUGCUCGCGCACGAGGUAACCAAAUAUCAGUACUGUUGUACAUCCACACGGGGCAGUCAGCAGUUGGGAUUUGGUUUUUGACGAGUGAACAUUUCUUCUCCCUCUUGGACUCUCAGAGCACCGGAAGUGGGUCCGACGUUAUGAAGCGAACCAGGUGCUUGUAAAAGUGGAGGUAACCCAGCCUACUUGGAGUUCAGUUGUCUUGGACAAUGAUUAUGAAGAGAACAGGUUGUUUGUUGCCUUAUUUUGGCACGGACACGUCGUUCCAAAACGAAAGGAGUCGGGCUUGACAAGUCAACCAAACAAUUAGAGUGAAAAUUUCCAUGGCUUGUGGCCAGGGGUGAAAACUGUGUGCGAUCUUUAGCGCCUUUCCCGACCAACUUCCAUGCACACCUUCUCUGGAUGGACUUACUACCGAACGUACUCGCUUGUCCAAAGUUCAUCGUGACAUGACUUGACUUGAGUGGAUUCGAAAACGAAGAGAUCCAAAGGGCGUGAACGCUGGUGGCCGAUGGAAGGAUUUCUUUUUAGUCAUUCGCUUUUGAAUUCAUCAACAAACCACAAACGAAAUCUCGCCUUCUCCGACGACCGUUGUGAGCCACUUUUUGUGUCCGUUCAAGUGAAGCCAUGACGACUAAUUUCCAGUGAUGAUCUUGUCUUGUCGAGAUUCCAUCGUCUCAGUCUUUGUACGUAAGUCGUCUUCAUAAACCAAUUGAAGAGGAUCGAAAGAGGGAAUUAUCUCCGCUUGAAUUGCUCGGAAUUCGACACAGUUAUAUGUACAAGCCACGGACACAUCCGGCCAAUCGGAAACAAAGAUAAUUUUUCAUUGCUACUCCAUUGAAUUUAUGCAUUCAGACCCGCAAUGACCGAGCAUGAGUCCCCGAACAACGAGUCGCCAAAGAAUAAUAAUCUCGACAAAGAUCUCGAAAGCGAGGAGAGCGAAGAAGAUCCCUAUUAUGAAGCGCCCGGGUCUCUCAAGAAGAGUGUGCCAGCGGCAAUUGGCAGCAUUUGUUGGUUGAACAUGAUUCCCAAUGAGGAAGACCAAAAGAAAAUUGGAAAGCUUGUCCCCGAGAACCCCAAUAAUGGGAUACCAAGACAUUCAGUGAGUGCAGACAAAGACAAUCGGCGGUUUAGUGAAAGUGAUCCAGAGUCCAAUUCGGAAAAGAUGGGGUGCUGCUUCCGCAUUUUGGACAAAAUCCUUCAGUUCUUUGAGUGGAUCCUCCACGAUUUCUCGUUGAAGCACCUCAUUUGGAUCAAGCUGAUCUUUCUGUUCCAAUCAGCGUCCAUGACGGUGCUCUAUCCUUACUUGAAUCUUCACAUGAAGUCCUUGGGAAUCAGUGUCCAAGAGACAGCCGUGAUUAAUGCAGUCAUUCCUAUUCUCUUCAUCUUUACCCCACCCCUGGCUGGCUUUUUGGCCGACAAACUAGGGAACUUUCGAAUCUUAUUGGCCAUUCUUACCGCGUUGGGUGGGCUCGUGGCCCUUCUAUUGCUCAUCGUCCCACAAGGUCGAGAUGUCACGCCCUAUCCUGACACCUUGGAUUGGGGAGUGAGUUGCGGGAAGGCCGAAAAUCGGGCACGAUUUCAGAAGAUGAUGCUCCACGGCUUCAGACGAGACCAAUGCCAGAUUCAAAGCUCUGGCUACCUGAACGUGACGUUUACUCCGGGCACUUGUGGGUACUUAUGCCCCACGCGAAAUCCCGUGGACGUGAAACCUAACUUCUUCGAGUACAAGGUGAUCUGGCCGAAUCGUGGAGGUGGUUUUGGGAUCAGUGAAAUUGUGGAUGUGGUCACUCUUGACUCACCAGAGGCCAGAUUGUACCACGAGCCGAAUGUUAUUGAUGACAACAUCUUCUUUCCCAUGAACUGGACCUUUCAUUUGAGUUGUGACAGAAUUCGGCCCAAUGAUUGCAUCUUCAAUCCCAUUCGUCGAGCGCCUACAAGGAUGGUGUACAACAUCCAAGCUCUGAGCACUAGCACAAAUCUCGAGAAGUUAUCCCGCGAAGGCCCAGAAUUUGAAAUUGAGAGCAUCAUUCCUCCCGAAACAGGCAGGCCGGUUUCCGUGCCCGUCAAUUGCGGGGCCAAAGAAAUCAUCGCUCAAGUGGUUUCAACCGUGGAGACAUCCUCUUUACCCUCCAGUGCAUCGGCUCAAGUUCCGGAGGAAACGGUGGACACGAGGUUCUCCGGGUGUACACUCCAUUGUAUGGUCAGCGUCCCGCGGCAUGAGGUGUGCAACAAUACCAAUGUUGGUGUCGUCUAUGAUCCAGCAAUUACAUUCUGGAGCUACCUGAUGGUACGAACGGCUCUAGGUGUCCUGACUGCCGCCUCACUCAUGAUGUUUGAAGGGGCCGUAAUGGCCACCAUCCAGGAGAUGGGGGGCGAUUAUGGAAUUCAGAGAUUCGUCGGCAACUUUGGGGCCAUCAUUUUCGCCCCUUUGGGUGGCUACAUCAUCGAUAUCUACAGCAAAGUAGAUAAGGUCAACUUUUCAGUAGCCAUCUACAUUUAUCUUGGUCUCAAGCUGGGUGCAGCUUUCAUGAUCCUUUUCAUUGAAUUGGAUUUUCGACCCCCAGGGGAGAGGAUUCUGAAAAACAUCGGACAAGUGUUGAGGAACUUCGAGGUGGUUAUGUUCCUGAUCCAAAUGAUGUUCGCCGGGACAUUUUGGGGAUUCAUCGAAGGCUUCUUAUUCUGGUUCUUGGACGAUCUUGGGGCCAGUAAGCUACUUAUGGGUUGGACAGUGGCUGUGGGAAUGAUGACCAGUCUCCCCUUCCUGAUCUUCUCUGGCCCCAUUACCGAACUCUUGGGACACAUCAAUGUUAUCGUCAUUGGAAUGCUCGCCUAUUGCAUCCGACUCUUGGGGUACUCAUUCCUCCAGGACCCUGUGUAUGUCUACCCCUAUGAAGCUUUGGAAGGAUUUACCAUGGCACUGAUGAUGACUUCAGCGGUCACGUAUGUGGCGAAAAUAUCCUCGCCGUCCACCAUUGCCAGUGUGAUGGGAAUCAUGGGAGCUCUAUUCUUUGGUAUCGGAAAGGGCUCUGGUAGCCUCUUCGGAGGUCUUCUCAUGGGAUACAUUGGUGCCCGCAGUGCGUUCCGGGUUUUCGCUGGUCUUGCGCUCCUCAGUGCUUGUGUUUACAUUCUCUUCCAAUUGUGUUACGGGAGCAAACAAAAGAAAAAGCGCGUUAAGAUUAGAGAUCUGGAAAACGCCAACAACGGUUUGUCAAAUGGUCACCGCAUAGACCGAGAGAAAAUGAAUAGCAAUGGCCUGGUACUAACUCCCAAUGGUUCUCCUAACGGCGUCAAGAAUGGAGGAUUUGAUUCUUCAAAUGAUGGAAGAGACAGUAAGACGCCCAACAGUGAGGAGGAUCAAGGUAGUACGUCUGCCAUCUAUGAAAAUGCCAAAGAGAGAGCCCUCAAUGACUCCCAGAGCUUGAGAGGCUCCGGUCCUCGAAGUCUUACAGGAGGUACCACUGUAUAAUAACAUUUCAAUACAUUAAAGCACGUUUUUAAUAAAGAUAUAAAACUCAGA